UGGAUGAACAGAAAAGAGCAGUUCGUGAUAUCUUCAGUUCUUAUCUCAUUUUUUUGCUAAAAUAAGCUUUGAAAUUUCUCCCGAGGAGCUUUAUAUGCAAGGCUUGGAGUACAUAGAGUGUUCUUGAAAUCGCUGGCUUGUUUUUUUCGAGACAAUAUUAUCUAAAUCUCGUGUUGUGGUGAAUGGCUACCGCAAGUGACAAUAACAAUGGCGAUGUGGUCGUAGAUGUGGUUGUUAUUGGGGCGGGAAUUUCUGGUCUUUGUGCAGCUUACGAUAUUUUAAAAGCGAAAAAAAAUGCCAAAGUUGUCAUUUUGGAAGCUAAAGAUCGAGUAGGAGGGAGAUUAGACUCAAGAAAGCUGCAAUCUGCCAAUGGAGUUGACACAUGGGAUCUUGGUGGUCAAUGGGUAGGAAGUGGUCAAAAAGACAUCAUGGCUUUAAUAGAAGAACUAGGAAUGGAAACAUACAAGCAGUGGUACGAUGGUGAGAAACUGAUCCAGUUGAGUGAUGGGAACUUGAAGAAGUAUGCUGGUGUCAUUCCAUCUGUGUCAUACCUAUCCUUACUUGACAUCUACCUUUUGAACAAUAAAAUAGAGAAGAUGUGCUCUCAGGUACCUCUAGAUGAUCCCGGAAAAUGUCCACAUGCAGAUGAAUGGGAUGGCAUGACCGUGGAGUCUUGGGCAAAACAAAGUGCAUGGAGCCAAGCAAGUAUUGAAAUGAUUGAAAUAGCAGUUGGUUGUGUUUUUGGUGUGACUAUGGCUCAAAUGUCACUGCUCUACUUCUUACAUUACAUCAAUAGUUGUGGAGGAUGGAGUGUGUUAGUAGAAUCUGGAAUGAAGGGUGGUGCACAAGAGUUCAAGAUUAAGGAUGGUGCACAUAACAUAACUUUGGUUUUGGCAGAAAGAAUUGGAUGGAAAAGAAUAAGACUUUGUCAACCAGUUGCAUCAGUCAAUCAGACCACAGAUAACACAGUCGUAAGAACAUGCAAGGGUGAGAGUUAUGUGGCCAAGUAUGUCAUCCUAGCUAUACCACCACGUUUGGCAAACAGAAUAGAGUUUACUCCAAGACUGCCAUACAACAAGCAGAGAGCCAUAGAAAACCUGAUUCCUUCUCACCUAACAAAGUUUAUUGUUACCUAUCGCACUGCAUUUUGGCGUAAGAAUGGACUUUCGGGUGAAGCAGCUCAUUUUAUGGGAAAGCAUUAUUGUGAGGAAAAUCCUGUGGCUUUGACUUUUGAUGCUUCAACCAGCACCGGAAGCCCAGCUAUUCUUGGGUUCAUCCCAUCUUAUGCCGCUGCAAUAUGGAGUGAAAAACCUGAAGAUGAAAAGAAAGCUGCCAUAAUCAAAACUCUCACCAAAUACUUUGGCCCUGAAGCAGAAACUCCUUUGGACUGUGCUAUAAAGGACUGGUCACAUGAGGAGUGGAAUGGAGGAUGCCCUGUAGAUAUCAUGGUUCCUGGUGCUAUUACUAACUAUGGUGACUGUCUUCAUGAACCAUUCCAAAGGCUUCACUGGGCAGGAACAGAAAGUUCAUCUGUUCACAGAGGAUACAUGAGUGGAGCAGUGAAUUCAGGUCACAGAGCUGCAAGUGAAGUACUUAAAAGACUGACAUCUGACAUCUGAUUCUACGUUAUGGCAUGUUAAUAACUUGACAGUUAAAUUCAAUGAUCAUUGGACAGUCAUUUAUUGCAACAGCUGUUUGUUUCUCCUGGCCUUUUGUUGUGCACAAAUCUCCCCUCUCUUCAACCAUAAGAUAACAAUUAAUAUGAAACCCUUUUUUCCAAGACUUGGCCUACCUCAAUGGCUAUUAUUAUAUGACAAUUAGACAGCAACUGAAUGACUGACAGAUGGUCAUUAUGACUGUCAACAUGUGAGCUUUAAAUGAUUUGUUUUGAAUCGUGGGAUUGUAACA